AUGAAGGACAAUCCAGUGGGUGUGCUUGUCGAUAUGAAGGAACGGAGUUUGUUUAAGAGUUUUGAUAAGUCUUACCAUCCAACCUACGGACUGGGUACAAUGUCUGGCAACAUAUACGAUACAGCAUGGAUUGCAAUGGUCAGAAAGCCCAUCGAAGGGAAGUCUGUCUGGGCAUUUCCAACUGCCUUUCAGGCUCUUCUUCAGCAACAAAGCCAUUGUGGUAGUUGGGGUGGAACCACUUCUGAAUUGGAUUCCAUUGCCAGCACCUUAGCAGCUCUUCUUGCACUGCAAAGACAUGCGGAAGACUCCUAUGACGCAGACCGUCAAGACCUCAACUCAAGGAUCCUCAAAGCAAAAGCCUUCCUGGACGCCGCUUUGAAAGGUCUCAAUGGCUUGCUAAGAACAUGUACUUUACCUGUUAGUCUUGAGCUUCGAUUACCGGCAAUAUUGGACCUCUUGGAAGCAGAGGGGCAUACAUUCGAUUUUGACCGCACAUACUUGAACAAGAUUCAGUCGAAGAAACUUUCAAAGAUCAACUUGGAUACUAUUUUCAGCGGUCCACAAUCUUCUCUUCUGCACUCGUUGGAAGCUUUAGUUGGGAAAAUCGACUUCAAAGGGCUGGCCCACUACAAGGUUCUUGGGAGCAUGUUAGCAUCUCCAUCAGCGACAGCAGCGUAUCUGAUGUAUAAUCCUGUGUGGGAUGAUGAGGCCGAAGAAUACAUUCAGCGUGCAAUCUCCAAUGGGGCUGGUCAUGGAUCAGGUCUUGUGGCUGCAGGAUACCCAACUACAGUAUUUGAAUGGGCGUGGGUGACGACGAACUUAAUACGCCAUGGCAUUGAACCAAGCAGCAGACUGAAAGAGGUUGGCAAGCAGAUCGAGAGCGAAAUUGAGCUUCAUGGAGUAGUGGGCUUUGUCCCGAAAGCAUGUCCUGAUGCCGAUGACACGGCCAAGGCUUUAGCAGCCCUUGCACUUCAGGGGGCACAGUACUCGCCACAAGUAUUGGUCGAUCGAUUUGAACGAGAAAAGCACUUUACAACAUAUCUAUACGAGACGCAUACUAGCAUAAGUACCAAUGCUAACGUACUCACUGCCCUGGUGUUGCUUUCAGCCGAUGAUCGCUACCAGCCACAAAUUGAAAAAUGCAUUCGCUACCUGUGCGAUGCGUGGUUUCAAUGUGACCGAAUGGUAAAGGACAAAUGGAAUAUCUCGCCUUAUUAUCCGACGAUGCUAAUGUGUGAAGCCUUGAUGUCUUAUAUCCAACGCUGGAGUGAAGGGCAUCUGGCCGCAUUGCCCGACGAUCUUAUGAAAUUCCAACUUCCCAUCACGUUGUUUCAGUCUUUAAUCCGAACAUUGCGUACCCAAAAUCAAGAUGGAUCAUGGGGAAGCUCGAACUCAGCCGAAGAGACGGCUUAUGCUGUCCUGAUUCUCAAAAGUGUGGCACCUUUUAGUUUUACUAACAUGAUAUCUGCGGAGAUUAAAGAUGCUAUUAACAGAGGUGUCCAGUUCAUCCUUACCAAAGGCCAACGGUCACAGACAGAUGACCAGCUUUGGUUGGACAAAACCUUGUAUGCUAUACCGACCGUGUCGGACUCCUACAUCAUGGCUGCUCUGCAAGCUGAGGAUACUAUCGACAAACUUGCCGAAAUACCACAUAUGCUCGCCAACGUGUCAACAGCAAUGGUUCUUAAGAUGACAGAGUACUUUUCUCGAUUACCAUCUCAAAUGGAGACACCGAAGUGGGUCAUACAAGCUUCAGUUAUAGAGGCGAUUCUCUUUGGCUACAGGCUAAAGACGCUGGAUGUAUUUUCCACCGGAGGAGCUCUCGGAGAAAAGUACAUCAAAUAUGGCGCAUGCUUUUGGACAUUGGCCAACAAUUCAAGCCCUGAGUAUCUCCUGAGUACAUGGGUAGUCUACAGCAUGAUAGAACUUUCCAUUGGCAUAUUCCAAGAGGACGAACUAAUGGAGAAGUCCCUGGUCAAUCUACCGGAUUUUACAACCGACAUGAUAGCCGACUAUAUUGAUGAACUGUGCAAUGAGACUGCCUUGUGCAAAGAUAGUUCUCUCCACGGACAUUCAUCUAGAACGAAUAUUUCUGAUGUGAAUGAGGAAACCCUCACUCGUCUUAAGAGCAUACGGGAAAACAUAGGAACCUGGUUCCGUUUUGUCUUGGAUGACAACCUCAAGGCAAAUACUAGUCCAUAUCAUAGACGCGACCUCCAAAAAGAGUUGGAAAUGUCAACUUUGGCUGCUACGCAACAGGCCAAAGCGCAUAGGUCACUAAACAACCGUCUUCCACAUUCUGGCACCGAGUGUGCUACGGUAAGUACCGGACAAACAUUUUAUACCUGGCUACAUACAUCUGCUGUCCAUGACGUCAAGAGCGCUGUUGUCUCCAAAUCCCUUGUUUGUAAGAUUGGGAAUGGUGGAGAUGUCUUCCCUACAGCUAGAGAAAAGUACCUUGCGGAGAAGUUAUGGAGGCAGAUAUCCGUGGAAGGUAGGCUUUGGAAUGACUUCGGCAGUAUUGAGCGAGACCGCCUCGCAUCAAACCUCAAUUCAGUCAACUUUCCUGAGUUCUCGUCUCCUCAAAGCCUCUUGUUAGACGGUGAUGUGGGGACCCAGUUGCUUCAGCUCGCGGAGUACGAACACAAGUGCACUCUGUCCUGCUUGAAUGACUUGACACAGAUCUUAGACAGUACCGGUCGGCAGACGAUCUCGCUGUACCUACAGAUGUAUUACCGUUGCUGUGUGAUAUAUUCUGAAACGUGUGUUAAGUAUGCUUUCGGGUCUACCACGGCGACGUGA